CCCUUUAAUGUUCAUUGAGGCAGAGGAGUCUGCCAAAAAUAUCAAAUACAUAACUUCCCUAUGCUGACAUGGACAUAGUGGUUCGAUCGUUGUAUCUGUGCCAAUGAUCGCGCUAUGACUUUUUUCCGGAAUAUUCAGCACGGCCUGUUGCCUGUCCAAUAGAGUACGCUGUGAGGAAUGUGAGAUGAGCGAUAGCGGCGAGGGCUGCGCAGAGUGGGAAAGAUGGGACGCGUAGCGUCACACUCACCAGACGGAAUAUGGGCCUUUUGAAUAUUCAGUGAUAUUGAACAUUCAUGGCUACCACGUUCAGUAGCGUGUGUGAUUUGAUAGCAACACGCCGACCGUCUGUAGAUGUAAUAUUCAUGGCGUUAUAGACAAGAGGCACGCCUUUUCGACCUGUAUCUCAGAAACCAUGAGCCAUUCACGCCUGUUGAAAGUAAGCUGUACGGAGAUCCACUGUCAGCUGACCAGGCGGCAAUAGUAUUCUGAUACCGUUUGAUAUACAGAAGGGACUGUACAAAUAUCUAUGGUAGGGUCGUGAAUAUACGACCAUGGUGUUGUUGGUGAAUCUCCCCCUGCAAGUCGAAGCGUGAAGAUCUACGAUAACUCGGACCAUCAACCUGCGGAGUGAAGACACUGGUAGAAUGUGUAGCCUUCAGUGCAUCAUUGUCAGCCAGGCCAGCCGCAUGCUCAAAGCUGUAUAGCCAAAUAUUGCCGCCUCUCAUUGUUAUUUAAUGUUUGUAGUAGAUAUACAGGUUGUUUUGGCUACUGAAGGAGUGUGAGCCAGGGGGUGCAGACGGCAUUAUGGCGGUCAGAUUGGACGGGUACGAGCUGAGGGAACAGGGACAGGUGUUGGAGAGAGAACGCCCGAGUCUGAAGGAACUGCAGCAUCUCGACGGUUUCUCCUGGAACGACCGCAUCGCCGCUACAAAUCGCUUGGACCUGACACCAGAUUCCCCCGAAGAGCCCCUGAACACGGGCCGCGUGCGGCCUACACGAGCUCUCGGGCUAGUUGUGGCAGGCACUCCUGACAGCGAAGACGAUGCAAGGUGGACAAAACCGUCCAUCGUACACUCUCACUACGUCGAUACCCCUGAAGAACAUGUCGGCUGGCCGGUGGAAACACCCGAGAACGAACGAAGCUGGUCCGAACAGGAGCAGAACUUUCAAAGGACACCCGAUCAGAAACGAAUGUGGGCGGAAACGCCCGACGAUGAACGAGCCUUCGACGAAGACGCUUUCCUUCGGGAAGAGUACAUAUCCAAGGCCGUAUCUCCCGACGACAGAAGGUCUCCAAAGGUUUUAUUAAACGGUAAGGUCAUCCGAUCCGCCCGAAAUUCGAUGAGAAACGGCUCCUCAUCGGACGAAGAUCUAGAAAAUCCACCGUCUUCGUCGUGGAGUUGGAGAAGGAGACGGUUUCUCAGUGUGGAGGACGCCAUCUCAUCAGAGGGAGACAGGACGCCCGACUCGCCUUCUGACGAGGACCUGUUCCUACCCAGGAGGCGACACACGUCCAACAGUGUCUUGUCCAGGUCUCCGGGCGCACUAGAAGCGGGGCUAGAGGAUGAAUACACCACCAGAAGCAUCGAAAAGGGCUCUCACAGGAGAAAGAGGGGGGCGGGGAGAAAGGACAGUAUAGGGGCAGAGCGGAGAGACCCCGUGAGUCUGGGGGAGGAUCUGGGAACUCAGGGGGAGGAUCAAGCAACCUCUGUGGAAGAAGAGAGGACACCUGAGGAAGAGAUAACGCUGGAUGGAAAUGACACCCAGAGACGCGACCAGAUCCUGGAUGUUCUGCGGAACCAUGGGUUUGAGGCAGAGUCCAAGCUAGUGGAUAUCAAUGUUGGCACGAAGCGCUGGUCUGUCAACAAUUACAUCUCCAUGCCGACGGAGUACCACGUGUGUUUCCGGGAGUGGGUGAACUUCCACUGCACCAGUGGAACUGAGAUGGAGGAAGUCCUGACCUGUCCCAUGAACAGGAACCCAGCACAUGUAGCAGAGAAGAAUGCCUUCACUGUCCCGUCCACCAGCAGUGAUGAGGAAGAGGUGGCGACUGGAGACAAACACAUCCCAAGUGCCAUUGACCUGCUCAAGAGCCGCGCCACUGUCGCUGAGUUUCUGCAUACUAAUACAGACAAGGAUAUGUACUACUCGUUCUGCCAUGGCCGCCUGACCUCAUCAGAUGAGUUGAGCCAUUGUAUAGGGUGCCACUGGUGUUUGGAUAGGAACUACGUCCAUUGCAACCGCUGUGAUAGCUGUGUGUAUGGUCAUAGAGUGUCCAGAUGUGAGCACUGCCAUGGGUCUCAGUCUGAGGACUGAAACGGCAGUCAGCUGUCUCGGUGUCUUUGCAGCAAUCACAGGUUUGACAAGAAGAUACAUUUGUACAUCAAGAAGUGUCCCUGAAGACUGGCCCCUGUGACACUCGCCAUCUGUGAAGAUUGGCACUGCAUGUUCAGCUUGAACAACACAGGGAUUCUUCAAAUGGUGGCGCUAUGGCUACGUUACCAACUAUGAAUACAUGUAUGUGCAUUAGAGUAUUGCCUGAAAAACUCAAUACAGAACUUUUUUUUUGUUACUAAUUAAUGUCAUCAUUGCAAGGUAUUAUUGAUAAUCACAACUGUUAAACUUAGUGAUUUUCUCCCUACGUUACAACGUUGUUGAUUAUCAUGAUCAAAAAUGCAGAGGCAGACUCGAUUGUAUUGUUUCAAUACUCGGUGCCUUUGGCAAGAUGCUAUACUCAGUGAGGAAUUAAAGAAAUUAUAUUCUGUUUGACAAUAUAGUUCUUUUGCAAGAUGAAGGAAUGAAUGAACAUUAAGGUGUGUCUUGAAACAAUCAGGUUCAAAUACAAGUUCAGCUGCCAAUGGGCAACCUCAAGACAAAAAUGGGCAGGAAUGGAGCAUUGGCACUAACACGUUUUUGAAAAGGUUGCAAUUUUUGGACUUUUAUACUGUCUGAUGUUUAUAAUGUGGAACAUGUAUAAAUAGUCCAAUGUCUGUGUAUACGCUUUGCCUGGUAUACUCAUGUAUUUCAUGCAAAUUGUAUCCAUGUUAGAUUGGAACAUCUUGUCUAAUACACAACUUGAAAUGUGUUGUGUUUAUCGGAGUUAGACAACCAAUAGUUUAUCCGAUCAUAUAGAUAAACAGAAAUGACCAAUCAGCAGCCCCAUGAGAUGCCGAUUGUGAGGCCAUUACCUCAAUAAGUCUGUGGUUAUAAUAAAUAAUAUGGUUUCUAUAAUUGUUACAUGUAAAUCACAGUAUUUUUUCUGAAUUUGUAGCUAGCUUUUGAUUGCAAAUAACAUUUACAGGAAGAUUCUGAUAAUGUUUGGAUAGGCUAUGUGAUGAUGGGAGACCUGGUGCAUCACAGUUUUCUAAUCAGCUAACGAAAGGGUAUGUCAUUCUUUAGGAGAGAUAUAACCCAGCCAUGUGUAAGCAAGUCGACUGAUGAUGAUGAUAAUGUUACUGUCAAACCUUUUCCUUGGUAUGCAUUGUAAAUGAUGGCAAAAUGCUUGCUUAAUUACAACAAGUCAACUAAACUGCUGGGCAAAAACCAAUAGUGAGCAAAGAUAAAUCAUAGCUUGUCAAACUAGCAAGUGUCUUAUAUACAGUAUGUUGUGAGGUGCUAACGUGUAUGUAUGUGACACUGUAUACAUACAUUUGUGUGUUGUGUCAAAAUAUAUUGCCAAUUCAGCUAUUGUAUUGGCAAAAUGUUCAGGAAGAACUAAGUCAAUUCUAGGUGAAUCCUAAUUACUAUUAGAUGUUCAAAUUAUUGUACUCUCCAUGGAAUCAUGCAUUUUCAUAUUUAUACUGUGAAAGAAGACCUGUACUUAAUAUUAACGUGAUACAUGGACUUUUUAAGCCACUUUUGCAAGUGGAAAUGUUUGCUACUUUGUGAUGUUUGUACCAAAUUGUCCAUGUCAAAAUGAAAACGACAUGUUUGUAAAUUGCUAUCGAAGUGUUGCAUGUUUGUAUGAAAUUAUUUAUCAGCUGAGCAAAUGCAGCUGAUGUAUGUGAAUUGUUACUGCUAAGUUAGGAAAUAUACCCUGGAAAAUUAUCCUGCUGCCAAGUGACAAUGCCGGUAUUGUGUGAAAUAAGUACUAGUGUGAAUCACUUUUUACACACUGGAAAUGGCAACUUGAACCCAGCCACAUGCUUUGUAACCAAGUAUUUUCCACACUGCUAAAUGUGUUACACUGAACUUUGUAAGAAACAACUGACAGGGGAAGCAAGUUGCAAAUAAACUCUCACAUGUGUAGUAAAUACAUAGUGGACAUAAUAAAGGUUUUUAUUAUACAGCCAAACUUUCGAUACUCCCCCUCUUCAGAGCUAUAUAGCCUGAACCUACUUCUUGCCAAUAGGUGACCCUGCAAGUGGUAGAAGCUCAGGUCCAAAACAGAAAAUCUACUCUAGUCUUGAACUAGGAUGUAGCCUGGGUACCAUCCGUAUUCUACCGGGCUCCUUACACUCGCUACCUAAAAAAUAUUUUUGUACGGAUGGUACCCAGGCUACUAGGAUGAGGGGGGAUAUAAACUCUGUCAUGUUUGGGACUGCAUUCUUCUCUCUACAGCACCCCCUGUUGGUGAGAAGUGCCCUUACUCAUCAUUGCCCUGAGAAAGGUCCUUGUAGAAGACAAACUACCUGAACAGUGGCAGGUAAAUUCCUUUUGGUUGUGUAACAAAGACCUUUAUCAUCCAUUCACUAACCUACCUGACUGAACUUUCCACUCAUGUAAUAAUUUACAAUUUUGAUAUACAUGUACACGUUGCAUUUUGUCUCAGCAACAGACAGCACUGAAACUACAUUUGUAAGAGAUUGGUGGCGGAUUGCAACAUGUAAAGGUUUCAAUAUAGUUAAAAGCACCACUCGCCACACAUGGGUUAGGCCUCUGAGUCUGUCCUAGACGUCAUACCCCACGUGGGGUUUUGUCUAGUAUUGUGUAGAAGUAGAAGUAAAAGGUGUGGACUAUAAUCUAUAUUGCUGUUGAAGCAAAAGAUGUUCCUAAGGAAAAAAGGUGACAAAGCACAAUGCAGUAUAUACUUUUUGCAUCAAGCAAUCAUUGAUCCACUCUACAACUUUGUAUUUUCUAUGCACGAAGGAGCAAUACAAAGAUAUAUUGUCUAUGUUAUUGUUUGUGUAGCUUAAGUGUCUGCUGGAACUUGUCUCUGGUUGAGACAAUAUUAGAACAACAGCCAAUCUACAAAUGUAGUGAUGUGGCACUUGACGUGGCGUUGGUUGUAUGUUGCUGGUUGGAGGAAUAAUAAACCAAUACAUUUUACUACUUUCCACAA